GCAAUCGAAGGCCCGGAAUAUAUAAAGAGAGAGGGUGGGAACAGCCUCAGCCAAAAGCUCCCGUCUCUCUCCCGUUGCACUAGCUUGCUAACUUAGUUUACACAGAGAUCAUCCGCCCUUUGCUAGAUCUAGACAGUACUACCAUAGACAGUACUCUUGGGUUAUACAGGUGCUUAUAGCGGCCUUUGUUUAAUCCUGCCGUGCAUUGUUCUACCUGCGCACUCGUGACCGCAUUUUUCACAAGUGACAACCCAGCCCGUGUCGCCAAGUUUUGCCGAAAACAGCAGCUGUUGUUUUUGUUGUUGUUGGUGUGUGUGUGGCUUGCGAAGUAAAUUCUCGCAUGCAACAAGUAAAGCUGCUACAUAAAUCUUCUCGAAGGUAUUAACCCAAACCCAUGCGGCCCUGUGUACUCGGCGACCAAAGCAGCUGUCCUCAUGUACUCCUUGUCCUGGGCGUUGAAUCCGGAGCUGACCAUGAAUGGACUGCGUAUCAACGCACUGGCUCCGUCCUUCGUGGACACCCAGCUGUACCAGGGCCUGUCGGACCAGUCGACCAUCCACGUGCCGCAGAUUGCUGAGAAAAUCAUAGAGAGGGUGGGAAUUAUGACACCUCAAUCCGUAGCGGAGAACAUGAUGGAGCUGAUCGAGGACCAGACAAAGAACGGCGCCGUCAUGAAACUCUCCAAAGUAGGAGGCAAAGAGUACCACAAACUAACAUAGACAACUCGAGUUGCUUCACCACAUCCUUUCUACAUGUGUCAAGACAUUGCCACUAACCAUCGUCAUCUCAUCAAUGAGCAAGUUAAAAAAAAAGUUAAUGCCUCACUAAUCUCAAAUGGAAUAUCGAGACAGGCAGAAUACAGCUGUUGUUGCUUCAUAAUGUGUUUUCAAGGCGUACUGUAGAAAGAAAUUCUUGUUGAUUUUGAUUUUGAAUUAUAAUUCUGAUGGAUGCUGUAAAUCUAAGACAUGAUAAUACUGUUUUUUCUUUUUUUUAAAAUUCAACAUGUUUAGGAGAAUAGCUUUGUCGAACCUGUGCGAAGAAGAAAGUCUCAUUUUCCUUCCUCGAGGGUUGUCGUAGGUAAAAAAAUAAGAAGUUAGGAAGUUAGGUUGGUACUCCAUAGUAAAGAAUAGAUUACGAGACGAGCUUUUUGGAGAUGUAAUGUUGGUUUACUACCUGCUUGUUUCUCCCCCUGUGCUUUUGGUUUUUAGGUUGUAUCAGAUUCCAUGGGUGGUUAAGGAAAAUAUUGUACCAUACCUUUAAACUUGAUCAGAAAAUUCACAGGUAGAAAAUUGUUCUAUCUAGUACAGUGAUAUGAACCGAAUGAUUGGGUUAUAAAAACAGUAACUUUUGUCAAAAAGCAAAAGAAAUGGAUACUGCCUCUUAUACCCGCUGGAAAGUUUGUUGACAACUCGAUUAUGAACUGAGCAGUAUUGCAGUCUCACUCACAGGUUGCGACUGUGGAGCGCCAUAAUAACUUUCUUCAAGGAUCAACGUCUUUUACUAGAGAACAAGAGACCGCCCAUUUGUAAAGCAUUUCACCACAAAAGUGAACCUGAGAACUUUAAAUUGUUUAGUCCCCGAGAACAAAAUAGGAGACGCAUGUCUCAUAAUCUGAUCCUGAUAUUGAUCUACCUAUACGCAGUGUUACUUUUUUUAAAAAA